AAAUCGGUGGCACCGUUCGAUGACAUGGUCCGUCCCAGACGAUACUGCAUGAGAUGCGCGAGGACUAGAGUGCUCUGGUUGGAAGCUGCUGGUCUGGCUGUCUCUUCCCGAGCUUGCAAACGCUGGUAUUGAAGGGCUGCCUGUGCGCGCCGGUGUUCCACUCCCACUUGCUGGACCCAAGAUCUCCUCCAACAGCAAGUUCAUAUUAGCUUUAUCCAGCUCUCUGCUCGCCACCGCUGGAGGUGUCUCGGAAGCCUAGCUAACAAGAUUCGCUAGCCUGAAAGACAGUUUGUGCGGCUGACUGACGCUUGACACUCGUGACUGAGUGCGCUGCUGUCGCGCCGCGCGCAUGGCCUCCAGCUUAGCCUUCUUGGCCUCGAUUUGUGCCCGACGCUGCUCCGACGACAUUGUGAUAGGGUGAAAUCAACAGUAGUGGAAUCCCUGGCAGGUUAUGGUGGUGGUGGACACAGGAUGAUAGAAUGAUGGGAAGGUUGAACGAACACGUGAUGACGACGCGUCUUGCUGCACUUUCAUGCAUCUGUCAUUUGAGUCUCUCUUGUCUGAAUUGAUCGAUUGCAUCGCCGGUUCUGGUCACUUGGGAGUCAUAUAGAAGAUACAUAUGGGGCACGACAAUCGCAUGAAACACGGCUGGCUACAAAGGCAUAAAAGUAUGUGGGAGUUUGGUCUCAAUCUUGCUUAGAUAAGGAGUUCUAUCACCACUCGGGUCAUCGCAUAACUAUGAAAUCCACGACAACGAACAUUGCGGAACGGAAACGUAUCGGUCAACAUUUUGUGGUAGGCUUCCAUGGAGAAGCCCCCUCAAAAGACAUCAGGACACUUAUCCAAGAGUACUUUGUGGGCAGUGUGAUUCUCAUGAAACGCAACAUCGUCGACGCAGAGCAAACACGCUCCCUCGUCCAACAACUGCAACAGCUUGCGCACGACGCAGGCCAUGACCAACCGCUCUUAAUUGGUAUCGAUCAAGAGAACGGACUAGUCUCUGCAUUUGGCAGGCCAGGAGCAGGCACGCAAUUUCCAGGUUCGAUGGCCCUCUCGGCGACAGGGUCGACAGAGCUUGCGGAAAACGUGUCAUGUGCCAUUGCACGAGAGCUCAAGCUCGUAGGAAUCAAUUGGGCCUACAGCCCUGUGGCCGACGUGAACUCUGAUCCUCGCAAUCCGGUUAUUGGUAUGAUCUUGAGUGCGCUCGUUUGGCGAUGGUCCUUUGAUCAAUCGAGGGAACACUGCAAUCAGGCUGACGCCCUCACAGAUCCGUCGCAAGUUGCUGCAUUCACGGUUGCCGUAGCUCGAGGUCUGACGCGAGGUGGCAUUGCUGCUUGUGCAAAGCAUUUUCCCGGUCAUGGUGAUACAUCAGUCGACUCGCAUCUUGCCCUUCCUCAGAUCAACAAGCUGAGAAGCGCUCUGGACUCAUACGAGCUUCCGCCGUUCAAAGCCCUCAUCUCUGGAGGAAUCCCGAGCAUCAUGACUGCUCAUAUUCUUCUCCCCCUGGUCGCCGAUGAUCCCGCCUCCUUAUCCAAGACUUUCACCACGGAUAUUCUGCGGACAGAACUUGGUCAUUCGGGGGUUGUGGUCACAGAUUGCCUGGAGAUGGAGGCGAUAUCUAAUCAGUCUCAAGGAGCCUGUGGCGUGGAGAAAGGCGCGGUCAGGGCGCUUCAGGCUGGCGCAGAUAUUGUCAUGAUCUGCCAUACGAUGGUCUGGCAGAUUGGCGCAUUGGAUGCCACUUACGAAGCCGCCAUAUCGGGACAGUUAACGCUCGACGAGACUCGCGUUGCUGCGCUGAAGAAUGAAUUUGCAGGCACCUGGGACAAUGUCCUGUUCACGGACCCGGAGUUCUCCUCCAAGUGGGCAUCGGUCAAGAAGGCAAGCGCAGAGCUGAGCCGCAGGAGCUACUUUCUCUCCACCGCCCUGGUGAACGGAUCCGGGUUUCGGCCGCUUGAAGUUGGCCAACCGGUCACACUUUUCACGCCGCCAAUGGACAGUCUCAACAAAGCGGUUGAUGAUGCUGACGACAUGCUUCGUACGCAAGAUGGAAAAGUCAGAAAUACGGCUGGGCCUUCAUUCCUGUCUCUCGCCCAGUCGAUCGAAAAACGUGCACCCUGCGAUCACAUCGUCUACGGAGAGAAUAACCGCUGCACCGUUCCUACCGGAAGCACUGCGGUCAUCUUCGUGCUGAGGAAUGCGGACCGAUAUCUGUGGCAACUCGACGUUUUAGACCGGCUGGCAGCCAGCCAUCCGUUGCCUUUCAUUGUAUUGGGCAGCUGUGCACCUUACGAGGCUCGCUUGGUGUCUCAUCCCUACAUCGCCUCGUUCGAAUACACUCCGGAUGCUUUGGAAGCUGCCAUACAAGUCGUAUUCGGAGAAAAGUAUCCUCAGGGAACCGUACCAGUAGCCUACUAA